AUGGAGCGCACUACUUUCGACGCGUUCAGCUCUGUCGCAUUCCUAUGGAGGAUGCUAGACUUGCCACAGGAAGCCCUCGACUCACUAGAUCUGCCCUCCGAUGGAGAGUGCCUACCAUCUUCAUUCAGAGUUGAUGUUCUCGCACAGUCAACUGUUGCAGCGUCCGCGCUUGUCGCAGCUCUCUUUUGGUCUCAUCGAAAUGGAUGUUCAAUGCCCCGCGUCACAGUUCCGGCAGAGCAUGCAUGCGUCGAAUUCAAAUCCGAGCGACUGUAUACUCUCAAUGGAAAAGCCGCAUCGCCUCCAUGGGGAGCUAUUGGUGGGUUUUAUCAAGCAGCCGAUGGAUACGUAAGGAUACACGAUUCAUUUCCAAAUCAUCGUGAGAUCGCGCUUCGUAUUCUGGGACUUCCACAAGACGCAUCCAAGGAAGUUGUGGCACAAGAGGUGUCAAGAUGGAAGUCUGUAGAGCUAGAAGCUAAGGGUUUUCGCUCCGGAGCUGUGAUUGCUGCGCUGCGCUCUCUUGAUCAAUGGGACGCUUUACCUCAAGGCAAGGCUAUUGCAGACCACCCAGUUCUGCUAACGAGACUUGCAACUUCCGAGCUGCGUAUGCCAUUGGCACGAACCCCCAAAGUAAUGGGCAAAUGCCUGGAAGGCAUUCGCGUUGUCGAGAUGAGCCGAGUUAUAGCUGCGCCAGUCGCUGGGAAGACGUUAGCAGCACACGGAGCCGACGUCAUUUGGAUCACAUCGCCGCAUCUACCUGAUCUUCCCGAUCUCGAUAUAGAUCUAUCGCGAGGCAAGCGCACGGUGCAGUUAGAUAUAUCGAAGGCCGAAGGAAGAGCUAAGCUACUAGAUCUGCUCUCCACAGCUGACGUCUUUCUCCAGAGCUAUCGCCCCGGAAGCCUAGCAGCAAAGGGUCUCUCUGCGGAAGAAUUGACCAAGGCGAAUCCAAGCCUGAUCGUUGCAAGCCUUAGUGCAUAUGGUCCUGGGAAUUCCUGGUCUCUAAAUCGCGGAUUCGACUCGCUUGUCCAAACCUGUUGCGGUAUCAAUGUAGCGGAGGCUGAGCGCUAUGGAGCCGGCGAACCGAUACGCAUUCUACCUUGCCAAGCAUUCGACCACGGAGCCGGCUAUCUUCUGGCAACUGGUAUCAUGGCCGCGUUAUACAAGCGCGCUACUGCUGGAGGCGCCUACGAGGUCAUUGUAUCGUUGGCUGGUGUUAUGAAAUUCAUGCGGUCUUUAGGGCGCUACGAUGGCAAAAGUGGGUUCGACCGCAAGGAUUUCAAAAGUCCAGAGGAUGUAAAGAGGUACCUAGAACUGCGGCAAACGCAUUUCGGGGAGCUAAAAGCGGUAACGCACUCGGCUCGCAUCAAGGGUCUGUCAGUGGGGUGGGAUGUCAUGCCGAAGCCUUUGGGAAGUGACACAGCACAUUGGCUCUAA